CCCUCCUCCGGGGCGGCACCGUCAGCCGGCCCCAGCGGCCCCGCGGCCGCGGCGCGCACAGAGACGGCGGCGAGCGGAGCUGCGGGAGCCGGCCCGAGGCAGAGGUCCAAACCAUGAAUUACGUUGGACAAUUAGCAGGACAAGUGUUUGUAACUGUGAAGGAGCUCUAUAAGGGUCUAAACCCAGCCACGCUGUCAGGAUGCAUAGAUAUAAUUGUUGUACGUCAGCCAGAUGGAAAUCUGCAGUGUUCCCCUUUCCAUGUUCGCUUUGGGAAAAUGGGAGUUCUGCGUUCCAGGGAGAAAGUGGUUGACAUAGAAAUUAAUGGAGAGGCUGUAGAUUUGCAUAUGAAACUAGGAGACAAUGGGGAGGCCUUUUUUGUGCAGGAGAUGGAUAAUGAUCAGGAGGUAAUUCCUUAUCAUCUCUCCACAUCUCCCAUUCUGUCUGAGGGGACUGCCUUAAUGGAAUCCCAGCUGAAGAGGAAUUCCAUAGACAGGAUACGAAGCCUGGACACCAAUGCAUCCUCACAAGUCCUGUCCCAAGCCCACGGAUCCCAGCCUUCUACUGAAACAUCUCCAGUCUGUAGCUCUGUCAAAAAAAGGAGGAAGAAGAGGAGGAAGUCAACUCAUAAAAUAGACAGUUUAAAAAGAGAAGACACACAUGGAGACACAUCAGAGGAUGAAGACAUGUUUCCCAUAGAGAUUAGCUCAGAGGAAGAAAAGGAGCCGUUGGACAAUUCAAGGAUCCCUGUUCCAGAUGUGCUUGUUGAUGAUGUAUCUGACAUAAAGGCUCCUGCAGUUUCUGUGCUUUCUCAGUCUGCACCUUAUCCUCAUUCAGAUGGAGAAUGGUCACCUCUUCAAAGCCCAUCAGAUUCACGUCCUCCUACUCCUCAGAGUGACUCAGAAUUAGUCAGUAAACCUACAGACAGAAGUGGAUUGAAGGAUAAUCCCCACAUGCACUGGGCAUGGGGAGAGCUACCCCAGGCUGCAAAGGCCAGUUCUCUGCUCAAAGCAAAGGAACCCAGCGUGGCAGAUGUAAAUCCUUCUGAGAGCACUCACUUUCGGGUCAUCCAAAGUUCUCCUGUAGAGGAGCUUAACACAGUGUCUCCUCUGCCUGCCCUUGGACAAGCAGAUGCAGCAGCUGCUGAUGAAAGUGAGCCCUUACCAGCUGAGACAAAUAAGGCAGAGUCAGAGCUGCCAGGAACAGCUGAACCCCCAUUACCUGAAAAUGAAGAAAUAAAGCAAGCUGCAGCUUGCUCAGCCCAACCAACUGGCAAGACGGAUUCCCCUUCCAGAAAGAAAGACAAAAGGAGCCGACAUCUUGGUGCUGAUGGUGUAUAUUUAGAUGACCUCACUGACAUGGAUCCAGAAGUUGCUGCACUUUAUUUCCCCAAAAAUGGGGAUAAUGCCCAAAGCAAGAACACGGCCGAUGUGGGGCCACGGCCAGCCAGCCACUCUCCGCAGUCUGUUGGGAGCUCAGGUGUUGACAGUGGGGCUGAAAGCACCUCGGAUGGAAUUCGGGAUUUGCCUUCCAUCGCCAUUUCUCUCUGCGGAGGCCUUACUGAGAACAAAGAGAUAACCAAAGAAGAAUUCUUAGAACAUGCAGUAACAUAUCAGCAGUUUGUGGACAAUCCUGCUAUCAUUGAUGACCCUAACCUUGUGGUUAAGAUUGGAAAUAAUUGUCUCCCUUGCAUACCCAGGUACUACAACUGGACGACAGCUGGUCCCCUUCUGCUGGCAAUGCAGGCAUUCCAGAAACCUUUGCCAAAGUAUUCAUGCUUAAGUUACUUCAGAGCAGCUCUGGAUACCAUUAGAUUUUGCUUUAGUAGUAUUUAUGGUCCACAGACAGCAACUGUGGAAUCUAUAAUGAGGGACAAGAUGCCCAAGAAAGGUGGAAGAUGGUGGUUUUCAUGGCGAGGGAGGAACAGCACUAUUAAAGAGGAAACAAAGCCAGAGCAAGGUAUGAGUGAGAGUGGACUUACAGAAGACUCUUCACAGAUGAGCAGGGCAAACAGAAUAAAAGAUGAAUCUUCUUCAAGCGAUGAAGACCCUCAAGCUGCCAAACAAAACCUCGGGUCAUUACAAACCAACUCCAGUCAUCUCUCAUUAUUGUCUGGAGUCAGUUACAAAAAAUCACUUCGACUCACUUCUGACCAGCUUAAAAGCUUAAAGCUCAAGAAUGGCCCCAAUGAUGUGACCUUUAGUGUUACAACCCAGUACCAAGGCACUUGCCGCUGUGAGGGCACCAUUUACCUAUGGAAUUGGGAUGAUAAAGUUGUUAUUUCUGAUAUUGAUGGAACAAUCACACGGUCAGAUACUUUAGGUCAUAUUUUGCCAACUCUUGGCAAAGAUUGGACACACCAAGGGAUUGCGAAGUUGUACCAUAAAGUGAGCCAAAAUGGAUAUAAAUUUUUGUACUGCUCAGCACGAGCUAUCGGAAUGGCAGGCAUGACCAGAGGAUACUUGCACUGGGUCAAUGAAAGAGGAACUGUGCUGCCUCAGGGGCCAGUUUUGCUGAGUCCAAGCAGCCUAUUCUCAGCUCUUCACAGGGAGGUCAUUGAAAAGAAGCCAGAAAAAUUUAAAGUUCAGUGUUUGACUGAUAUCAAAAAUUUGUUUUAUCCUAACACAGAACCCUUUUAUGCUGCUUUUGGAAACAGACCUGCUGAUGUUUAUUCAUACAAACAAGUGGGGGUUUCUUUAAACAGAAUAUUUACAGUUAACCCCAAAGGAGAACUUAUACAAGAGCAUGCAAAGACAAACAUCUCAUCCUAUGUCAGACUCUGUGAAGUGGUAGAUCACAUUUUCCCUUUGCUGAAAAGAAGUCAUUCUUCAGACUUCCCUUGUUCUGAUACCUACAGCCAAUUCACCUACUGGAGAGAGCCUCUGCCACCAUUUGAAACUCAGGAUGUCCAUCCAGCAUCAUCUUAACCCCAUCUCCAAAUUGUUGGUCUCACCUCAAAGAAUGGGUUGGCUUGUGUUGAAAGGACACUGGCUUUUGCUGUUGACAGUUCAGUUGGAAUCUGUGAAGUUGUGAGCAUUUGUAUUCUGUUGUGAGCAAACUUAGGAAUGCUUUUUCAUACUUAGUCAGGUUUCCAGACAAGAGGAGUCUUUCUAGGAAUAGGAGCUGUGUUUCUAAGUCCUCAAAUAUUUCCAGCUUCUCAAAUUUUGCCAUGCACUUUCAUUUUAUAAGGUCAAUUAAAAGAGCAGUGAUGUUGGAAUUGCAGUUAAACACGCUGUAAGGUUGUGAAGUGAUCCCAUGUCUGUUCUGCAUCACUGAAGCCGUCUUCUAUCCUGUCAGAACCCCUUGCCAGUAAAGGAGCUGAAGGUGCUCACCAUUCCUGUUAUUUGGUGACACAGACAGGGAUUGCAAUCUGUAUAUCAACAUUCUUCUCUCUGAAGGAGCAAAUGAAUUCUUCCCAUCUCCCCUUGCUUAACCAACAACUGUUUGUUUAAGAGUUAAUUACUGGUCUAGAUCCUCAGCAGAUGUAAAUCAGUGUAGGUGUCAAAACCAAUUGAGCUGUGUUUGAUUUAUUCAGUUUUGACAUGGGACAUUUCUGAGGAAAUAAAUUAUGUGUAAUCUAAAUAGAAAGUAAAUGAAAUAGGAUGGCCAGAUUAUUCCAGUCUUUCUCAGUUUGAGAACUAUCAUGUUUCAAGAGUAUCUUUUUGGAUCAUGGUAAGUGUGCAAGUGGAAGAUACAGGCCACUGUGGGUAGUGCCCACCUUACUGAAGGGGGUGAUUUUCAGUAAACACAUCUUUCCCAUACACAGUGUGCUGACGUUGAAGAUUUGUUACUGAGCCAGAAAUAGUAUGGAUUUUAUCAAAAUGAAAUAGGUUUUUUUGAAAUAUUAUUUUGGUUAAAAUGUGAAUUUUGAUGCUGGUGAAUGAUGCAUCUCAGGUUUUUACUAUAUGUAUUUUUUUGCUUUGUUUUGUAUCAUAAAGAAUGGAUACUUCUAGUGCAAUUUAUUCUCCUUUAAGGUAAUGAAGUCUCCUCCUUUUUCUUUUUUUUUCCUUAUUUAUCCAGACACAAGCUGUAGAUACUGUUUUUGACAGCCUUAAGAUUGAACUGUGUGCAAUAAAAGCAACACUGUGGAUCAGUUGAUAACAUUUUCCAAAUGGUCUGCCUUUACACAAUGUGGUACUUAAAAUAUGGACUCCAAGUGCCCACAUGCCAAAUAAUUUCAAAUGUGUUGUAGUUAGGAAAGAAACUUGAUUUUUCCUUUUGAAAUAUAUUGAAAAGUUUAAUUGCUUUCUGAAAUGCUGAAAGGGGCAUCCUGGGGUUCUAUUUACAUUGUAUUUCAGUAUGAGUACACUGGUGGUUCACAAGCUGUGGUCUCUGCCAGCUUGUGAUCAGAGGCUAUGGGUAUGUGUUUUGCAGCUGUUUUUUAGUGUUUUCACUUAAGAGUUUAAUAACAGGAAGGCAGAAUAGUCCAGUAGAAAUUUUAAGAUGUAGUUAUGAUUGGUUAUCACCCAGAAACUUGGAAAUGGCUGCUCUGUAUCACAUUUGUUCCAUCUCAACAAAUUCUGGUUUUGCACGUCAAGAGUGAUAGCUAUAUAGAUAGGACAGUAACUUUCUGAUAGGGAUUUUCUAAGUUUUACUACUGAAGACUUUAUCUGUGAUGUUGGUAGGCCAGUUUAUGAUUUCUCUGUGCCUUCAAAAGUAAUGAAAACAAGUGCAAUGCUUUGCAUACCUGCAGUAUGCAGUGGAGAGCCCUCCCCAAGUCUUCCUUUCACACGAAUAUUGCUACUUCAGGCAAUGUAAAUGUCCACUUUGUACAUACCAGGAUUAGACACAAAGAAGAAGAAAUGACUGUUUGACAGCCCAGAAGUGAUUGUGUUCUCUUGAAAAUUUAAAGGAAAUACAAAUAUCUUUUUACUCCAAGGUGUAAGAAAUAUGGGGUGGAUUUUCUGAAAGACAAUCAGUGGGAAUUGCAGAUUGCCAAACUGAGAUGGUUGCAUCUCUAGAUAUAGCCACACUUUAAUUAUCUAUUAAUAUUUGUCAAUAAUGAUUGAAUAAAUGGGUGAAUGUACUAGCUGCAUCCUGUUUAAAUUCAGUUUUGGUAAAGGCCUAUUUCAAGCCAUUUGUUAUGUAAAAUAUAUAAAAUAAAACCAACCCUUCUCUUCAAUGAGAGGCUGUCAGUUUUGUGGUUUUUAAUAAUAGUUUUAAAAUCUAUUUUCCCAAGAUACUACACACAGCAACUCCCAUUAGAAAAGAUGGACCCCAAAAGCUCUCCACAAAGCCUGUGAUAUAUUUAUUUAUAACUUAAUAAGUAGGCAAUCCAGGGUAGUUUGUUGCCUUUAGUAUUUAAAACCAAAUGACAGUGUGAAUAAGGAACUGUUAGAAUUCUGUGAGAUUGUGGCCACAGUGCAGUGCUGGUACAGGUAACCCCGAGGUGCUGCAGAAUCUGUCCCAGAGUUUUUAAGAUUUGUUUAAACAGGGUUAUGGCUGACUUGAUCUAGUGUUGGUAACCAUCUGCCUCAAGGCUGAAGUUGGACUGCAUGACCUCCAGGGGUCCCUUCUGACCAACUUUUCUGUGAUUCUGUGACAUUGAGCACUUCACUUCUGGCUUGCUGCAUCCCCUUUGUAUCCAAAAUUGAAAUAUAGCUGAACAGUGUCAGGAAUGUGUGUUGCUGUAACUUUUAUCAAAAUUAAUGACAAAAAAGAGACUUACAUGAAAAUCAAGGGUUUGACCUUCUAGAAACAUCACCAUACAUUUCCAGAAAGUAUAAGACAUUUUGAUUUGGUAGCUGAAUAAUUUUAACACAUUUAAACUGCGUAUAUAUUCUUAAUUCACAUAGAAGAAAAAAAAAGGUAUGGUUUAAAAAAUUGCUACUCUUUCUGUGAAAGAAAAAAAUCAACUUUGCUUGCAGUGUAAUGCUGGUUUUUGUUACAGAAAGACUAUGUUAACAUAAGUAUGCAGACAUAUUAAAUCACAGUAUAUUCUAUUCAUACAAUACACAGAAACUAGAAUAUGCAGCAGUGAGGAGUGACUAAUGUUUAUUUUCUUGAUGCUGAUGACCACACCACUCUAGCUGUGUCAUGGAAGGGAAAGAAUGUUGUACUUGUGACAUUAGUUAUGCUGAAGAUAAAAUGUUACUGCUUUAAUUUGGGGAAGGAGGAGAAAGAGGUAUUGGGUAUUUUUUAUUUGUAGAUAUGGUUUGUUAUUAUUUCAAAGCCUAUUUAUAUACAGUGUUUACUCUGUAUAUGUAUGUGCUACUGCAGUUAUGGAAAUAGUUUUAACACUUAAUUUUGAUUUGCUGAAUGCAAAAAAGGGUAGAAAUAUAUAUUGUAAUAAAGGUGGAAAUAAAUUUUUUCCUGACUUUU